UAUGGCUACCACAACGUUUCACUAGUCUAGGAUUUUGUUUUGAAAAAAUAAGCAAAUAUUUGUGUUUUAUUUAAGUUGUGAGCAUAACAAAAAAAACAAAAAUGUGAUAUUAUUUUUUUUCAGUGCAAUUUUAUAAACAACUUUUUGUUUUCCCACAAAAACAAAAUUCUUACACACAAAAACUAAAAUUUUGUAAUAGAGACCUUAGUCAUUGUGAGGCGACAAACAUUUUUUAAUGUUGUAAUAUCAGUUGUUUGUUGUAAUAAAUACACACAUUUGAAAAGAAAUUAAUAAACUAUUGAGAAAUUAUAUGAGAAUAUUGUUAAGAGAAUUUUUUUAUAAACGAAAUCAAAUUUGUCCCUGGAUAUAUUCGUUCAUAUUGUAUGUUAAGCUUUUAUAGCCAUUCAACAACAAACCCUACACGGAAAUCCCAUCUCAAUAAUAACUCAAUUUAUUGUGUAUUAUUGUUACAUGUGGAAAAUCGUCAUUACAACGUCAUUAUUUUUACUAUAUAUUGCCAUUAGUGCCUGAAACACGCUUUUCCCUAUACAAUUGAUGAGCUCUCUCUAGUGAUAUUAACAGCUGUAACGUUAUCAUCCAAAUAUACAGAAGUUGAUAUUACGUGCCGACAGUGUUCCUACUAUAUAAUUGACAUUCCAAACGAUCUAUAUAAAUUCGUACAUGAUUGUUACCACAUUACCUAUGAAAGAAGACAAGUGAACUAGUUGGCAAAUUAGUUUAAUCGCAAACAGAGGCAGUAUAUAGUAUAUUUAUUUGAAUUAGAGUCAUAUAUAUCAUCUGUAUAUAUAUGUAUAUUAAUAUAUAUAGAAAAACUGUAUAAGAACUAUAAAUGAACAAUAAGCAUAUACUUGAUCUUACUUUGCGAUUAUCUCAGGCACUAGAUCAGAACUAUGAUGUCGUUAGUAUGGAUACAGUUUUGUCGGUCAUUGCGGCACUGGAGGGAACAACGAUUACAAAGGAACAACUGGAAGCCACCAGACUGGCCAAGUAUAUUAAUCAAUUAAGACGACGUACAAAAUGUGAAAAUUUAGCACGACGUGCUAAAUCUUUGCUUAAAAAGUGGCGGGAAAUGGUAGGAAUACAACAGUCAAAUGAAUCGUCAGCAGCAGGAGCAUUAGCACCUGGUGUCGUUACAGUAACUGGAGCUACUGCUAGUACCUCAAUUUCCACAACAACCGCACCUUUUAAUAUGCCAGCCGCUGACAAUGCAGUUUCUACAUCUCACUUAACAAAUCCUCAACUAAUUAGCCAUCAACACACUCAGCGACAAAAUCAAUAUCACAGUAAUGCAAAACAAUGUCAAAUUCAACAGCAGCCUUAUCAUUCACAGCCUUCCUCGCCUGUUAACCUACAAGAAAAGUCCAAUACCAAUGAAUAUUUAAUUUCUAUGUCGAAUCCUGCGACAGGUUCACAGAUGCCUAAAAGCACCAACACAAAUAUUCGUAAGAAAAAAAGACUUGAGAAAACCCAAAAUUACGAUAAAAUUUCUCAGCAGCAACAACAACCCACAAGUUUUGCCAACUUAUUAACUGGCCUAGGUGAUACAUUUGGUUCAACGCGAAAAACUUCACGGGAUAAGCCGGAAUCCGUCACAUCCUCUGUUAAACCUGUAGAAACUUUCAUUAUUGAACACUCAUCGAAUUCGAAUUCCGAUUUGAUAUGUCUACCAUCCAACAAUACUGUUAGUAAUUUUACCUCAGCAACUGAUGUUCAUCCGGUUGUAAUCGAUUUACAAGAUACCAACUCUAGUAUGAACUCUUUAGUGUCAAAAGAUGUUACAAAUGCAUCCUUAUCAUUUUAUCGAACAAAGUCGUCGGCAAAAAAAUCAAAGAAGGAGAAAAAACGCAAAGAACGUAAUGUAGUGUUACGUCAAAAUCAACCUUUACAAGAUUGUGAAGAUCAAAAUACAACAACAACUGCAUCCUAUCAUCAUAAAAGGGCAUCUGAUGACUUACUACUAGACGAAAAGUCACAUUCUGUGUGUCCAACCAUUUCUAAUAUAUCUGAAAUUUUAUCGUUAUCGAAUAGUUCAAUGAGUUCAGUAUUUCCUUCUGCAGACGCAAUAUCCAAAAAUGUAUUUCAGUCCGGCCAAAUUGAAUUAGCCUCCUCUUCAUCAGCAAAAAUGUCUAAAUCCGAUUUAACUUUUGCCGGGAAAUUUAAGCAAAAUAUUAGUUCAACAUCGGGAGGCUGCAACGUUUUAAAUUACAACAGCGAUAGCAUGAAUGUAAAUAUAUUGAGUAGUAACUCUCCUAAUCAAAAUAAAUUUUCACUAUUUGGGGGCGGUGUGGGGACAACAACAAAUUCAAAUGACAGUUCGUCUAAUAGUCGAACCGCACGAUUUAAUGUCGUUGGCGAUGCUAUUAAACCAGAAGCCAGUAAUAGCAAACAUGAUAUCGAAGAUGUUCUGGUUAAGCAUGAUAAUGAAAAGUCAAUAUCAAAUAUGUCCAUCAAGGGAAACUCAUCGACUGAUAACUUAUUUGAUAAUGUUGCUACCUCAACGAUUACAGCAACGCAACAACAAUCAAUUGAUUUGACGAGCAUGGAUUUUUCAUCACAACAAACGGUAAAACAACCAAAGAAACGAGGUCGCAAGAAGGGGUCUAAAGGGGUAGAUGCUGUUAUUGCAAAAGACACGAGUUUGUCGUCCCAAAUGCUAAUGUCUUCUUUAAGUGUUGCGGGUAAAAAAGUGAAAACUACUAAGGAACUCUAUGCAGAAAUGGAAAAUAGAAAACUGCGCAAUGUUAAGUUAGGAGAAACUGCUGGAAAUUCAUCUAUAAAUUGGAUUACCCAACAACGACAACAACAUCAGCAAAUUCAACAGAAACCAGUAAACUCCCGACGUGCCUCAUUUUGUUCAGAUAUUGUUGAAAGUGACAGCUGUACGAUGACAUCGGAACCAUCCCGUGAUAGUGGUAAUACUUUAAAUAAAACUUUAGGCAAACGUGAACAACCAUUGAACAAUAAUAGCAAUUGUUCCGAUUUAAAAAUGUCCAUUGUAAAGUGCAGCUCUGUGCUAUCUGAUCAAAACUCAACUGUAGCAAUAACAACAAAAAUUAAGCAGGAAAUACAGGAAAUUUUCAAACUGUUAUCGCCACCACCUAGUGUAAAACAAAUUGAAUAUGACUGUUUCAAUAAUAUAACGCCAUGUACGUGUACCAUUGAAGAAGUGGUUGUUACGGACACAAAUGAUUGCAAAGACAGCAGUGGUGAAAGUAGCCUACCAGAUUCGAAUUUCAAUGCGACAAAUAAUACGGUCAAUAAUGAAAAAGAAAGCAAGAAUCACUCGAAUAUUAAGCAAAUGGUGCAUGUUGUAACUGAGGACGUUAAGGGUUCGGAUAAAAAUCUUAAAGAUAUAGCGCCUCAGCAGCCAAUAGCAAAAAUUAAAAAAUCUAUAUUUGAUUUGGAUUUUGACGAUGACGAGGAUCCCUUAAAUUCAAUCAUAGCUGAUAUUGUGGGUAAAUCUUCGAAAGUAGACACGACGGAGGUAACAACAAUCAGUCCUGUGGUUAUUGAGGAAAAACCAGAUAUUCCCUUAAGCAACGACGAUGAGCUUAGUAAAGUUGAUCAUCUAAAUGCACCAUAUGCCUUAAAUGUUCCUAAUACAUCUGCUGCAGAUCUUAUAGUUUUCCCCUCCUACGAAGUGAACUAUGAUCCAGAUUGUGCUGCCAAAAAUCGCUUUGAAGUACAGACACAAAAAAUAACCAAAUUUCACAUAGAUACUUUACACAAUUGUUAUAUACCCAAUGUUAAUGGCAACUGGAAUCAUGCUGAUUUUAUCAGUAACCCAAGUUCAAUUAAAGUAUUGGGGCGGAAUAACAAUGACGUGCGUCCUAACGAGGAUUUAAUAAUUGAUGGUUACGAUGUGGUGCCAUUGUAUGGCACUGAUAUGAAUGAACAGAUCAUUAAAGAUCUCAGCCAUAUAAAAUUUACACAUAAACUUAACAAACACUCAAAUUGCAAAAAUGAAAUAUUCUUCCAAAUACCAUUUUUGGGCGCUUCGCGUGUUCCGGAGGCCAAAUUGUGCAGUAAAGACAUGCUAAAGAUAAAAUUGGAAGAGGAAAAGGAAAAUGAUGAUAAUAAAUUGAAUUUAAAUAGUAAUUGUAAUAAAAGUACACAUGAUUCAGUUGAAUAUACGAAAAUAAAUGCUACAUUAGCCAAUGAAAACGAUACUUGUGAAGCCAAAGAGAUGAAGAGGGUGCAAAACGUAGACUCCUCAAAUAUUAGAAACUUAAAAAUAAAAAAAAUCCUAAACAAAAUUAACAUAAAACGUACCAAGAGAAAUGCCACUCAAUUAGGGAAACGAUCUUCGAUUAAGCGUCUUAAAUUGGCGGUUAAUGGUAACUUAGAAACAUCGUCUGAUGUUGACAAAGACAACACAACACCAGAUGACACCAAUUAUUAUUGUGUUGACCUAAAACACCAAGAAUCUACAUGUGAAUCAGAUUCAGACUCGGACUCAGAUUGUGGUGAGGACCAGAACUAUAAUUCAGAAUCUGAACAUAACCUUCUCAGUAGCCGUGUGUUAGAUGUGCAAGAUAAUUGUGAUUUUGCUAAUGAAUUUCAUCAUGAGGUUGUGAAAAAUAAUGAUAUUUCAGACUCAUCGGUUGGUGCUGGUCAAAAUCAUCACAUUGUGUUAACAAUUAAGAAAAGUAGCUCAAAAACAAAUUCUCCUUUAAAUGCUUUAUCUACCCCAUCAUCAGUUGCGACAAAUUUAUACGAACUAAGUCAGGCAAACAAGGAAAACAGUCUUCAGGAAAAAUCAACUCUGAAAUGCGAUUUAAAUGAAGAGAUGAAAGAAUGUAAUAAUUUUAAGUGUGAGAAGUAUGAAACGUCGUCAUUACGACAUAAAAACUUAAGGAAAAAACGAAGUAAACGCAGACGGGGGGGAGUUAAUAUGAAAUUACAUAAUUCUUUAUUUUAUCACGAAGAAUUGUGCCCGGUGGUUUGGAAUGGUUCACAUUAUCACAAUGAAUGUAUAUUUCAUAUAAGCAGUUGCAGUUCGGGUUGCAGUGCAGACGAAGAAACAACUUAUGGACAUUUUAGUAAAAAUGUUGCUACAGCACCAUCAUCAAUAGCUUCCGAUUGUUCGGACAAUAAGAACGAUGAUCAUGUGUUAAACAAGCCCCAAAUGCCUUCUGAGUUUGAAAGUGACAUUGAAAAUGAAUGCAAAAAGUGCAUAAAAUAUGAAAAUGACGCUGAUAAUGAUGAUGUCAAUGACAUUGAAAUACCUGAAGAAAAUAAUCGCAUGCUAUUAUCUUUCAAUAAUAUUUGCGAAGAACAACAACAAGAAACUAAAGACCAUGGAAAUAACUUGCUGAAGCAGCAGCAGCAACUAAAAAAUUGUGAUGACUAUAAUAAUUUAAGUAAUAAUUUUAAUUUAAUUAAAUAUAUUGAUAAUAAAACUAGUUCUGUUAAUAAUAUUAAUAUUAAUCAUAAUAAUAAUAAUAAUACUAAUUCAUGUAGCAAUAAUUACUCAGAUACAAACAUCAUAAGCAGCAGCAGUAGUUGUAGUCAUGAAAAUCCCACAAAUACCGCUUCACUUCAACAAAAUCUCAGCAGAAAUGACCGCAACAACGACGUUAAAAAUAAUGUACAAAUUAAACCACUCAUUGAAUAUCAAACUGGCAUACGUGCCGUCGAUGAGGAUGUCAAUGACGAUGAGGGUAAUAAUUGCGGCCGUUUGCAACAAUUUAAGGAAUGGUUUGAAGUUUUACAACUUCAUUCAUACAACGAUGAAGUACUAACUGUUUUGCCAUAUGUUGUACUUGAAUAAGUAAUUUUUUAAUUCUUUCACCAAAAACAUUUUUUUUCACCAAAAAUUGGUUUUUUCACUAAAAAUUUGUUUCAUCCAACUUUAUCUUAAAGUAACUUUGGUGAAGGUUUCAUAAGAUUUGGCAAAGCCAAAUAGCUCACUUGUUUCAGUUUUGUUUUGUUGUUUUUUUCUUUUUUUUUUCUUUAUUUAUAUAAUGAAUAUUUUCAGUAAUAUUUUGUUUAGUUUAAUAUUUUUUUUACAAUUUGUCGUUUUGUUAUAACUUUUCUUACUUUAAAUCAUAUUACAUGUUAAAACUAUACAUAUAAUACACAUACUAUGGACUUUUCACUUUGAAUAAUGCACUUAGAAAUAUUUUUAUAUAAAAUAAUAUUCAUCUAUUUUUUGAACACUUUUAUGAUUCAACUCAUAUUAUGAGCAAUUUGUUGUAGUAGUAGUUUUAAUAGUAGCUGUAACUAACCAUCACAUCUUCUGAAAUUUUGACGCUAACUGUAACAAAUGCUAUAUUAAUUUUGCAUUUUAUAAUAUCCAAAUUUAUAUAUAUAUAUUUAUUUGAAAUAGUUCUAAUUGUAAUAUUACAAUAACAAAUUCCGUUAGUAAUUUUAUAUAUUCCCGAUUUUAUGGGGAUUCACCUUUUAAAACACUUUUGAUUAAAAUAUUACAAUGUGGAAUGUUAUAUUAUCUCAUAUCGUUUUAAUUGGUCAAUUUACAAGGUCUCUUAUCAUGUCAUAUAGUCAUAAUGUCCUAAUAUUUCACAAUGGUUUUUAUUGUUUUUCAAGCAAAAAAUGUCCUAAAAUAAUACUACUCUGUAUGCUAUGUUUAUUGUGUUAUCGCAACCUACCAGCAGAGACCUGCGCCGAAUGCCUAAGAGUCGGUUAAGCCGAGCUGUCGAGUCGAGAUAUAUUAGGACAUUCACCCCUAUCGUGAAAAACAUGUGAAAUAUAUGUUCCCAUGAAAUAUCCAUUUCCCUCGAAGGGAAAAUUGCUAUCGUGAUAUUCCUCUAAAAUUUUCAUUCACAAUAGUUGAUUUUGUUCGGAGCAGCUGUUUAUUGUUUACAAAAUUUCAUGUAAAAAUUUCACAACAUGGGAAAUUUUUUCACGUGAACAAAGUUUAUGAACGAAAAAUGGGAAAUGGGAACAUAUUUCAUGUGAAAUAUUGAUUCGUGAUUAUGACAAUAUGACUGAUAAGAGACCUUGUGAAUUGACCAAUAUAGUCAAUUAUGUCUGAAUGUAAUAAUACAUUAAUGAAUUCAGUUAUUAAUAUUAUUAUAUCAGAUUUAAUUAUUAUUUUUUUAAUAUUUUGGAAUGUACUUGUAUGAAUUUUAUUAUUAUUUAUUUAUUUUCAACAACCUAGCCUA